GCCAGGGUGACCUUGAUAAUCAGUGAGUGGACACUAACACCCCACAUCACUUAAGGCAGCGCCUCGCUCUAUCAACGGGCCACUGUGAGCGACCUGGUGUAGAGUGCCCCAGUGGCUCAGUCCUGCUGUGCUCUACGUCGACAAAAGCGGCCAUUUUAGCCACUCAGCGUCUGGACUUCCCAGCGACUAACACCGCAGGCGACAAGCUACGACUCUUAACCCAGCUACGGAGCCAAGCGGAGAGCUCAUCGUCAUGCAGGAAGAGCUGGAGUCAGAUGUGGCAGUGGUUGGAGCAGGCGUUCACGGGUCGUGCGCGGCGCUGCACCUGGCCAGGGCGGGACGGCGCACCAUACUUCUCGAGCAGUUCCCAGUGCCUCACACCAGAGGCAGCAGUCACGGCCAGAGCCGGAUCACUCGUACAGCGAACGACGGCAUUCCGGCCCUGGAGCCCAUCAUGAGGGACGCCCUCACCCAGUGGCAGCGCCUCCAGGAGCAGGCCGGAGACACCCUCUUCAGACCUGCACCAAUGUUGGCGAUGAGCCGCGGGGAUCAGCGGCCAAUCUUGGAGAAGUGUGCCCAGUCGGUGGAGGAAGCUGGGUACACACCCGUCUGGUUGCCUCCAGCCACCGUCCUCAGCAAGUUUGGGAUAACAAUCCCAAAUGAUAGUCUAGCCGUUGUUGACACUUCUGCCGGGGUCCUCAUGGCUGACAAGUGUGUAGCAGCAAUCCAGCGGCUGUUUCGCGAGGCAGGGGGGCGGAUGGUGGACAACUGGCCGGUGGAGGGUGUUGAGGUGGGUCCCGACGGCUCGGUGAAGAUCACGGGGCGUCGGGGCACGGUGCGGGCGGGCACUGUGGUCUUGUGCCCCGGGCCCUGGGCAGGACCACUCCUGGCCAAGCUGGGGGUUCAUAUUCCUCUCAGAGUGGAGAAGAUCUCCGUGUUCUACUGGCGCAUCGACGACCCCACCUACACCACCACCUCCUUCAUAGACUACCACGACCCCAAGGGACACUUCUACGGACUACCGGAGCUCGAGUACCCGGGUCUUGUUAAGGUGGUGUACCACGGGGGCCCAGAGGUCAAGCCGGAGGAACGUGACGAAGGGGAUAACAGGGAUAUAAAGGAGGCGACGAAGACCUACGUCAAGGAGAGGUUCCCCUUCCUCCACCCGCACCCUGCCAUCGAGGAGACCUGCAUGUACACAGCUCGGGUUUCAAGAUCGCCCCAACCAUCGGCCAGGAGCUGUGUCGUCUAGUACUGGAGGAGCCCACUGUCUUUGACCUCUCGGCCUUCUCAGCCUCAAGGUUCUCUACCGGGAGCAAGUAGCAACUUAGACAUGCGAUGUUGCAUCUCCUGAGAUGUCAAGCAGGAACUCUCACCUUAUUUUAUAUUCCUCCCUGUAACUGAGAGGUGACAGGAAGAGUGGGAAGCCAGAAGGAGAAUGUUAAGGGAAACUGGGAGAGGGAGACUACAGUCGUGACUGUAAUUUGUAAUUAAGAAUGACAGUGUAAUGUG